GCACAGGGAAACCCUUCUUCCACCGCCACCAGCUGUACAGUUUUUCUCCAUUCAUAUGUGAGAAAGAGGAAAACACCACAUCUUGAAGACGUUUUUUUUUUUUUUUUUACUCCCAUCUCCUACCAACAGCAAUUGGCAGCAGCAGCAGUACAAAUAACAAGGGUUUAUAAAUUUGAGAGAGUUAAAAUUCGCGAGAGUUAAAAGAGUCCUUUCAUUUCCCCAUUUCCCUUAAAUAAGAAGAGAGAGAGAGAGGGGAAAGAGAGAGAGAGAGGGGGGGAAAUGGCUUCUCUCUCUGCAGCUCUCUCUCACACCCUAUUCCUUUUCCUCAUCUGCAUUGCUUGCUUUUGCUCUGCCCACAAAUCAGCUUUUGCUCAUGAGGAAGAGAGGUGGCCUCUGGCGGCGCCGGCGCAGCGGCGGCUGCGGUCGGUUUUGCUCAAUCAAACCGAUUUACGGGGCCGGCGGCUCACCGGGAGCUUCCAGCUCUGUGCUCUCUGCACUUGCUGCGGGGGGCCGAGAGGGCUCUGCCUGCCUUCCCCCUGCUGCUAUGCUAUCAACUGCAACAUACCCAACAGGCCCUUCGGAUUCUGCUCCUUCACCCCGAAGACAUGCAACUGCUUUGGGUGCCAUCUCUAGUACUCUUCUUCUUCUUCUUCUUCUCUCACAUUAUAAACUGCUUCCUAUUUCCAUUUGCUUAGUUGUUAGUAAGUUACUUAAUGUGGUGGGAAUGUCAAUUGUGAAUAAAGGGUGGGUAUCUCAUUUUCUGGGCUUCUCUUUUUUGUUGUUGUUAGUAUAAUGGUUUAUAUUGUGUUUUUGAUUGCAUUGGAUUGGACGUUGUCGACGAGUCGCGUAAGAUUAAUUAAUUUUACAUCUAUAUAUUGGAAGUAAGUGAUUUCUUCUUGAAAUAUACAGGAUAUAGCUGUGAAGAUGUU